AUGAACAGAUUAAAAAAAAAAGGUAGCAGAAUAAUGAGAACAAAUUCAAAGGAUUUAAAAAACUCAUCACUGAAUUUAAACUUGCUGAAUGAGGAAGCGAAUGGAGAAGGAGAGAACAAAGAGGUUGACGAGGAUGACGAUUUGGGGCUGGAAGCAGGCGUUCAGAACGUGCAAAAAAAAAAACUGACCAAGUUAAUUAGCUUGCAUGGAGGGGCAGGGCUAGCCCAAUUCAAAAAGUUUACUCGAUUGAAGAAGUUUGGGAGGUCAGGGGACUCGCAAAAGGGGGAGGCGCAACCAGCAUGUGAAGGGGAAGCCUCCGACUAUUGUCCCCCACAUAAGACGCGCGGUGGCAGUUACCUAAGCAAAAUAAGCGCAAAGACAAGUUCGAAAGGAACGGAAAAGCAUGACCGGAAUCCAAAGAUCAAACGCAAAUUUAGCGCCCUUCUAGAAAAGAUAGGAAAGAAAAAAGGCACCAUAAAUUAUGAUGAUCACAAAAAAGGGGAGGCCGAAAGUUCCACUGGUUGCACCCCUUUGGGUGGGAGCGAAAUUUCUCAGAACACGUCAGGGGAUGAGAUAAUGUAUUCAAAAGGGGAGAGUAGCGGGAUGCCCCUUUUCAGCACAGAAGGUUGCCAAUCAGGAAGGAAGGACAGAUCAUACAACAAGUGUGAAAAAGGAGGAGGCAGUUUUUGGAAGUCGCGAAAUGGGUCAACCAACAAGAAAAGGAACGAACAGACAGAUUUCGAAAAGGGCAAAGAGUGCGAAAAGUGCCUUGAAUGCGAAGAAUUGAAGGGACUUGCCGCAAACGAAGGAGGCAGUGUCCCCGGCUCCAAUCGCGUUUUGCGUGGAGAGAGGAACGAAGCGGCUUGGUUAGAGAAUAUAAAACAAUUGCUGCAUCUGUGUGAUCAGGACAUGAAGGACAUGGUGCAGAUUUCCAAUUUUGAGAUAGACCUAGACAUUAACACCUUUUACUCUAACUUUGUCAAGGAGAAAAGCGAUAGCUCUAUAUCAGCAUACACCAUAAAUCACAAUGAAGACAUUUUCGACGUACAGAAAAUUCAAGGAGACUCAAAAGAAAAAAUUACCACAUAUAAGCAGACCUCUACUCUCAAUUGGGGCACAUACGUGUGCAACAUUACUCUUCAAGAGAGUUGCUAUUUUUAUUAUAAUAUAACUGACAAAUCCAGCUCUUCGAUCUACUCUGCUGCAUCCCGCCUUGCUGCCUUCCUCACGGGGGGAAAGAGAAAAUGUGGACAUACUUCCCGGGGAAAAUGUCACCUCGCGAUGUUGAAUUCAACACACCAUAGCACUACCUGCAAUAAGCACAGCAACUGUUGUGGAUGCAAAGAGUCGAACGCAAAAAUGGGGGAUAAUAAACAUGGAGUGGGGAACCAGCACAGAGUAUACGAUGCAAAGGGGGGAGGAUGUGUUAAUAAAGAAGGCUUCGAGGAAUACCCCCUCGAGGGUAACCACACGGGUGUUCAUCGAAAUGGUAAAGGUACUCUAUGCAAAAAUGACAGAGAAAAGGGAAACAUCUCAAAUGAUGCGAAAAGGGAUCUGAUUUUGUCCCCAAAUGAAGAUGAUGAUUAUGAUGAUGAUGAUUAUGAUGAUGAUGAACGGGACGAACAGAACACAAAAUCGACGGAGUUACAUUUUGCUAAUAAGAAGAAAAGUAAAUCAAAGGGUGAAAAAGGAUUGGAUGUGAAUAGCAGCAAAAUGGACGCAUACAGAACGAUGAAUGCAAACUUCAGGGAUGAACAUACCGCCCCAAUGAGCUAUGGAGCUGCAAAAGAGGGCCCCCCAAGUGAUGUAUUAACCGCCGUUUCCGACGAGUCAUGUGAUUACCAAAACGGUUACGAAUAUAAAGAUAACAAUUUGAAAGGAGGCAGAAUUAUGUUGGAGUCGGAGAGACAACACGACGUGACGGACGAAAGUGUAAUCAGUGAGGAAGAAAACCAAGAGGAGGCACUUCGACAUGCGUCUAGUGUGAGAAGUAGAGAUAUUGGGAAUCCUGACAGAGUGGAAGGAGCAAGGAGUGAGCAUUGGGAAGGCUCCUUUAAAGAAAAUGGAGUAGGAAAUGGCUACCAAGGGAAUGCCCCUAUGGGGCGAAGAAAGAGUGUCCCAAAACAGAUGCUCGUGAAGUUGAAGAAAAUGUGUGGGGGUAGAGCGACAGCCGGGGAGCGCAAUGGUGGUGUAGAAAAUGGCGAAGGCAGGGAUAACUAUUGGGGCAAAAGCAGCAAAACGAAGGAAAAAAACGAAAAAAUACAAAGUGCCCAGUUGAAUCACGCACAAGGAGGUCUAAGUGCGAAGGUCCAGAAGGAAAUAAAAAAUGAAAAUUACUUAGUGACCAGUGAAUACAUGCGUAGCAAGUUUGAUGAAAUAUAUUACAUUCAAAGGAUUGAUGCAGAUAACGAUUCGAUGUUCGUUUUUGCCAGAAUUUAUCAGAUAUAUAUUUUUUCGAAGAAAUGGAAUAGCAGCGACAGUGGUGACAAGGGUAGCGAGAAGUGCACAAAUAAAGGGGGCGGUACCGUUUCUGAUCAGUCCGCGCCGUGCCGCACGAACGUUUCUGUGUAUGUGCUCAUAGUUCAAAAAAAUAGCCUCCUUAAAUAUAUCUUAAACAAAAAAAUACUUAAAGAACUUAGCAGCCGUGUAGACAAAUGGAAAGAACACAUCAUCGUAAAAGGUGAACAUAUUAAGAACGGUUCCGUGCCGUUGUGUAUUCGAAUGAUUGGAAAAAAUGAUGCUAUGGUUGAUUAUGUGGUAAAAAAUGUAGCGUACUUUUUCGAUAAUUAUGUGCGAGAUUUCUUUCAUCUCCUUGUUGUACAUGUGAAUGACUUUUUUGGCUUAGGUGAAAAUAAAACUAUGGAAAAUUAUUUCGAAUACUCAAGUAAAAAAUUGUAUCAUUUUGUUCUGAAGAAGGUUUACCUGCGCAACAUGUAUAAUGAUAGUGUACUAAAAAAUGAGGACAAAAAGAAGAAAAUAAAAACAGGACAAUGUAUUCAAGCCAACCAAACGAAGGAUAAAACGAAGGACAAAACGAAGGACCAAACGAAGGACAAAACGAAGGAUAAAACGAAAGACCAAACGAAAGACCAAAAGAAGGACCAAACGAAGGACAAAACGAAGGAUAAAACGAAAGACCAAACGAAAGACCAAACGAAAGACCAAACGAAAGACCAAAAGAAGGACCAAACGAAGGAUAAAACGAAAGACAAAACGAAAGACCAAACGAAAAACCAAAAGAAGGACCAAAAGAAGGAUCAAAAGGACCAAAAAAAGUACACAUUAUACACAUAUCUGUUUAAAAGGAAGAAGGGACAUAAAAUGGGUCACCCUCAUAAGAAUAAAUAUUCAUUGCUGAGUUCCAUUUAUGGACCACCCUUUUAUUACAUCUUUUCAAAUAAAGUGGCACACAAUUAUAUUAUGUAUAUGAACCAAGUUUAUUUUAGAAGAGUAUUAUUGAUGUAUCUUUUCGUUUUUGUAGUUUACUUGGUAGUGAGCCGUUUUCCGGUGGUGGCCCUGUAA